CAGGGCCCCCCCCGCCAUGGGGGAGCCGUGGCAGCCGCAGCCGCAGCAGCGGCUCCCGGAGCUCGGCAACGCCUCGGAACCCAGCGCUUGGCCACCGGCGGCGGGGCCGGGAACGGGAACGGCGGCACCGGGAGGGCCCGAGGGGCCCGAGGGGGCAGGAGGGGCCGUCAGCCCCUGGGACAUCGCUCUGUGCGCUACGGGGACGGCGGUGGCGGGGGAAAACGCGCUGGUGCUGGCUGUCCUCUUCUACACGCCGAGCCUGCGGGCUCCCAUGUUCCUGCUGAUCGGCAGCCUGGCCCUGGCCGAUCUGCUGGCCGGCUUGGGGCUGGUGGCCAAUUUCGCCGUGCGGUACCUGCUGCGGCCGCCCAGCGAGGCGGCGGAGCUGGGGGCAGCGGGGAUGCUCCUGGCCGCCUUCUCCGCCUCGGUCUGCAGCUCCCUGGCCAUCACCGUGGACCGUUACCUGUCGCUGUACAACGCCUUGACCUACCACAGCGAGCGCACGCUGGGCUUCACCUGCGCCAUGGUGCUGCUGAUGUGGGUGCUGUGUCUGGGCGUGGGGCUGCUGCCCAUCCUGGGCUGGAACUGCCUGAGGGACCAGAGCUCCUGCAGCAUCCUGCGGCCCGUCACCAAGGACAACGCGGCGGUGCUGGCCGUCACUUUCCUCCUCCUCUUCGCCCUCAUGAUGCAGCUCUACCUACAGAUCUGCAAGAUCGCCUUCCGGCACGCCCAGCAGAUCGCCGUGCAGCAUCAGUUCAUCGCCACGGCUCAGGCCACCUCCACCCGCAAAGGGCUCUCCACCCUCUCCCUCAUCCUCGGCACCUUCGCCCUUUGCUGGAUCCCCUUCGCCAUCUACUCCUUGGUGGCCGAUUCCAGCUACCCCGUGGUCUACACCUACUCCCUGGCUCUGCCCGCCACCUGCAACUCCCUCAUCAACCCCAUCAUUUACGCCUUCAGAAACCCAGACAUCCAGAAGUCGCUCUGGCUGGCUUGCUGCGGGUGCAUCCCUUCCACCUUCUCCUCCAGACCAAGGACAUCCAGCGACGUGUGAGGACUGAGCAGGGAGCGAGACGGGCUCCCUCGCUCUCCGCCCCCUCUUUUUUUUUUCCUCCGUCGUUAUUGUUCCCUCCCGGGAGGAAACCCCCCGGGCAGCACACCUUGUUUCAUGAAAAGAUGGCCAAAAAGAGAAAAAAAAAGAAAGGAGAAAAAGAAAGGGGGAAGAAAGAGAGAGAGUAGAAUGGUGAUGGUUUCCUUUAGAAAUGUUAUUUUCUUACACAUUUUAUUUUUUAUUUAAAACCACAAAAACACCAAAAAAAAUGAAAGAAAGAAAGAAAAGGGGAACGACAGGAUCUCUGCACGACGGUGUUUGUCUCCUCUUGGGUAAGGAGCCAGGGGAAGGUCACAGGAGGGAGAGGGGGCUGGAGGGGUGUUGGGUGCCCCCACAGUGGGGCUGGUCCCCACUUGUGAGGUGGUUUUGUGGGGCGGUGCCCCCCUCCCCCCCAACCCCCCUAAAAUCAGGUCUUGCAAUGCUAUGCAAUAAUCGGGGGGGGGUGGGAGGGGGAG